UCCUUUCCAAUGUUGAGAACACACAGAAAUUGAAGAGAAGGUAGACUCGCCACACCUAACUCGGCUCUCGUUCUAUUGAGAGCCCUGACAUAUUCUUCAUUCGAUCUUCUAAUCUAAGAAGGUCGUUUCGUGUUUGGACAGAGAUUUCGUUUUUUGAAUUGGACAGAGAGUGAGUAUUAAUGGAGAGGGAGCUGACUGAGCUUUUUGAGGCAGUGAAGAAGGCUGCAGAGGCGGCCGAGAAUUCACCAGCGGCGGAGGAUCGCUGUCUUGAUGCUUUGAGACGACUCAAGAAAUUCCCUGUCAGUUAUGAAUUGCUAGUAUCAACACAGGUUGGAAAGCGCAUCCGGCAAUUGACGAAACAUAGAAGUGACAAGAUCAAGGCGUUGGCUUCUGAUGUGGUUGAAAUAUGGAAGAGCAUAAUUAUUACAGAAACAAUGGAAAACAAGAAGAAUGGGACGGUUGACAAUGAUGAUUCCGUGAAGGUGGAGGGAGUUCAUGGAUCCGGUAUACCAAAUUCUGUUAAGGUUAUGAAGUCAGAUACUUCGUCUACUGUGAAAAAAGUCGAGAAUAUUGAAGUCCAAACUACAGAGAAUGCUGCUGCAGAAUCCAUACAUGUCAAGAAAAAAUUUAGAGAAGAUAAGUCAAGAACUGAAGUGCGAGGACAAGCAUCAGAUCCCGUUGGUCCUCCCAAACUGACUUCCAUAAUUUAUUGCAAGGACUCGUUAAGGGACAAAAUACGGGAAAUGCUCGCAGAAGCCUUGUGCAAAGUAUCUAGUGAGGUUGAUGACGAUUUAAGAGAUGACGUAGAUGCAUCUGAUCCUUAUCGAGUUGCUGUCUUAGUGGAGACUGCAAUGUUCGAGAAGUGGGGUAAAUCCAAUGGUGCCCAGAAGUUCAAGUACAGGUCAGUAAUGUUCAACAUCAAGGACCAAAAUAACCCUGAUUUUCGGAGAAAAGUUCUCCUUGGGUAUAUCGAGCCACAUGGGAUUCUUGAAUUAACACCAGAAGAAAUGGCCAGCGAAGAAAGGCAGAUGGAGAACGAAAAAAUUAAACAGAAAAAGUUACUUGAGUGUGAACAGGGAGGGCCUCCCAAAGCGAGUACCAAAGAAUUCACUUGUGGUAGGUGCAAGAAGAAGGAAUGUACGUACUAUCAGUUGCAGACUCGUAGUGCUGAUGAGCCUAUGACCACAUUCGUAACUUGUGUAAACUGUAAUAAUCGCUGGAAGUUCUGAUUCGGUUGAUGUUGGCAAGUGUUUCUUACAGAGGACGGAUACAAAUCGGGGCUCAUUUCAUAAUGAUUUCGAGCAUGAUUAGUUCAAUUUUUUCAUUAGCAUAAGCCUGAACUUUAUCUGUAUUCUGUACGGCUAAUGUGUUGGAUAAUUUUCUUAGGACUUGAGCUCUGGAUUGUACAAAAGACAGACAGUUUUUCGUGUUGGCUAUUUACUCCUCUUUUUGUAUCUGUUUGCACUGAAAUUUUUAGUGGAAAUAUGAGAUGGGUUAUGUUAUUUCAGAUC